GGCGGCCGCUGAGCAAGGUCAAGGGGGGGCUUUUACGCACAGUUGCUGCUUUCUCGUUGACCGCAGAACACAAGCUACGAGUUAUUUAUCUGUAAUGUCGUGGCGUGGUUUGUGAAUUUUGCCUGGAAGCGGAAGGAAUAGUGAGAUAUGUGCAGUUGAUCAACAAGGAGUGAGUUUAGAAUGGCUGUGGAGGGGACGUCACUCCUGAAAGUGGGACUUGUGUUGUUGUUGGCAGCUCAAGUUCUGCCAUCGUCGUCUGCCUGCAACGGGGGCUUCUACGAGAGGAUGAUUGAUGAUUUUUGCCUGGCAAAGUUCAGAUUCGACAUGGCAGGACUGGACCCCGGCCUGUGGUGCAGCUGGCCGGACACCACGGGGAUCUACGAAGAACUUACAAACUGCACCUUCCAGAUAGCCUUGAGGGUGGACUGUUUCUGGCCAAAUCAGAUAGUGGACCGCUUCUUCAUGCAGGUUCACCGGAUCUACUUCCAUGACUGCGCCUUGACCGGUCGGCUCCUCCACGACCCGCCUAUCGGCAUCCUCGCCCCGUUCAUCGCAGUGCCAGUGAUGAUCACGCUGCUCAUGACUGCCCUGGUGGUGUGGAGGAGUAAACGAACAGAGGGGGUUUUAUAAAAGUCCAAACUUUGGAUGUAUAUAUGGACUACACUUAGAAAGGCAUGUGUUAUAGUCAUUUUGGAUGCUGUUUUUUUAAAUAAACUUUAAUAAAUGCACCGGCUGUUUUGAAAAUGUGUUACUCCAAUAGAUAAUAGGACUGCACGGAGGUAGGUGUAAGAUUUAAGUUACAUCUUAUGCCUUCAUUAAAGCCUACAUUAAAACUAUCUCAGUUGGUGCAACACCUUAGCUUAAGCUAAAAUGUUGCUAGCAUAGUGAGCCAAUGUUACUACAAAAGCCAACGUAGCUGUUUUAGCUUUAGUUGAAGCCAACAAAGCUAACGUAAGCCACUGUUCUCAUAAUUACUGCUCAAACCGGUCUAGCUUUAGUUAAAGCUAGUAAACAUAGCAUGAUCUAACGUAGCUAAUGUAGCUUCAUUUUCUUUAGCUUUAGUUAAGUUAGUUAUGUAGCUAUGUUGUCCACAUGGCUAAUGUAACCUCGUUAGCUUUAGAUUUAGCUACAUUAGCUAUGUAACUUUGUUACCUUCUUAGCUUCACUGCUAUAGCUUUAGGUACAUUAGCUGUGUUAGGAUUUUUUUCAUAAAGGAUAAUGUUUUUCCUGCAAACAGACAUUUUACUCGUCUUUGUUAAACAUUAACAAUCACCACAUCACAACAGUAAUCGUGUUUUGCAGUUCAGAUUUUUUACUUUUACUUUUUUAGUAUCUUAAUUCUUACCCUAAUUCUACCCUAACUGGAAGUUUAAACCAACUUUUUUUUGAAAGUUUAAUUUGUUUUUACAUUCUUCAGCAGCAGCAUCUCUUAGUAGUGGUCUGCAAGGAGGGGGAUCUAAGAUCUUUGGUUUCCAGCCAGACUGAUCUUUCACACUUUAGGUGUGACGCUUAAACUUGGCUAAUGCUAAUUGUCAUUUGUUCAGCUUAAGCUUAGGUUAGCACUGAGCACCCUCCUAUAUAACAUAAGCAUUUGGUUAGGAUGAAGUGGUAAAGUUGUUAUUUCCAGCUGGUAAAAGUGUUGGCUAGCCGACAG